AUGAUAGUUGCUGAAAUCUUUAUUCUAAUAAUAUACAGAUCAUCCGUAUUCAACAGAUUACCCGACGACAAAUUCACAUUUUGGUAUAACACAAGUAGAGAUUUAAAACUAUACCUAAAACCAAAUUCUUCAACAUUUAUUCAAAAACCAAGCAGGGCUAUGGAACCUACCGACUUAUUAAUCAUGGUCUGUUCUGCAACUAAUAACUUCAAUCAAAGAACUGCAAUUCGUUCAACUUGGGGCAACAUGGAUAAACUCAAUUUUUCCAAGUUUUUCGAAAUUGUCCAGAAGAAAAAUUUGCACAAAUACAUGGUUAUGGAACCAGAUGCACCUUAUCCAAAAUUUAGACUUGGAUCGGUGAAAAGAUAUUAUGAGUACCUUCUGAUGUCUUCCAGAAGGGACGAAGUUGAUGAAACAUUUUUGACAAGUAAUUUCAGCCGCAAUUGGAACCAAGGGGUAAAAGUACGUGUUUUGUUUGUACUUGGUUUACCAAAUGGUAAUGAAUCUUUGCAGAACGAGAUAUUAGCUGAAAAUAUGCAAUAUGGUGAUAUCAUCCAAGAAGACUUCAUCGACUCCUUUAAAAAUUUAUCCAUCAAAGUUGGUAUGAUGCUGAAAUGGAUCUCGAACAACUGCAGGAAUAAAACAAAAUUCAUAUUGAAAUCUGAUGAUGAUGUGUAUUUGAAUCUGUACAAAUUGUUGUACAAACUGAAUUAUUUCCAGGAACCUUCGAAGUUGUUGAUGGGUUCCAGGUUUCGUGGUAUGAAACCUGUUAAAAAUGGACGAAGUAAAUAUUAUACACCAAGGUAUAUGUAUAAUUCCACCGUGUUUCCAAAUUAUUUAUCUGGACCUUUAUAUUUGAUGACUCCAGAAACAGCUUUGGCUUUGUAUGAAACUGCCUUGAACACGCCAUUAUUUAAUUUGGAGGAUAUUUAUUAUACUGGGAUUUGCGCGAAUUUGGCACAAAUUCCUGUGGUUCAUAGUAAAGUUUUUUUGUCAUAUGAAGAUUUGAUGUUCCAUUGUCCAUUUUCUUAUUAUAUAGGAACGCAUAAUUUAAAAGCUCCUUAUAUUUAUAAAUUAUCUGAAAUGUGUGAUUUGUCGAAAAUAGACGAAGAACUUAUUAAUUAA